UUUUUCCUGGACGGCGAAGACUGGAAAACGCAGAGGCGUUUCACGCUGCGCCACCUGCGAGAUUUUGGCUUUGGCAAGCAGAGCAUGGACCACUACAUCCACGGCGAGAUCGACAUCCUGUUCGCCGUCUUCCGCGACCUGAUGGCCAAGCACCCUGAGCAGAAGGAAACGGGCCACGAUUUCCUGAAAGUGCUGCCCGCGGUGGCCAUCAACACGCUGUGGUACAUUAUUGCAGGCGAGAUUCACGGCCUGGAAAACGAGCAUUUCAUCCGGCUGACGAGGCUGGUGCUCAAGUUCUUCCGACUCGGUGACCAGACCUCGCCAGUGCCCAUCUACAGACUUCUCCAGCACAUCCCUGUCAUCAACAACAAUUUCAAGCAGCAGGAGAAGUGCGGGGAGGAAAUCAUGACGUUCAUUCAGGAGGCAGUGGUGCGACAUGUGGAGACGUUUAACGAAAACGACAUGAGAGAUUUCAUGGACGUUUACAUUAGGGAAAUGAAAAAAGACACCGACGGCUCAUUUUCAGAAAACCAACUUAUUUCGAUCUGCAUGGACCUGUUUCUGGCCGGAACAGAAACGACUGCCAGUACUACCACAUUCACUCUCAGAUACCUAAUCAAAUACCCUGAAAUCCAAGAGAAAGUGCGAAACGAGAUUUACCAGGUCGUCGGCAAAGAUCGCCUGCCUUCGACUGAGGACAUGCCCAAUCUUCACUACUGCAUGGCUGUGCUGACAGAGUCCAUGCGUCACUCAGGAGUGACACCGUCCACGCCGCCAAAGUCGACAGUCAAGGAUGUAAACUUCCAAGGGUACAACAUUCCUAAGGGUUGUAUGAUGUUGGUCAACCUCAGAAGCGUGAACAUGGACGAAAAACACCUGGGAGACCCUGAGACUUUCCGCCCAGAAAGAUUUAUCGGGCCUGACGGAAAAUUCCACAAGGAUGAAAAGCUGAUGCUGUUUGGCUCAGGCACGAGAAUGUGUCUUGGAGAGCCGUUUGCCAAGAACACAACUUUCAUUUUCUACACGUCAAUCGUGCAGAAUUUCAAACUGGAAGUAGCACCAUAUGGGCCAAAACCAUCCGAGGUCAUUUUGGACGGAUUCACCACUGCGCCCGAACCGUUCAAGAUGACAAUGACUGCUUUAAAUUAAACUUACAGGUUCAAUAUGACUAAAUAUAUAUUUUAAUGGCACUCUAAGCGUAUAAUUUGAUUGUUUUAUAGGAACUGUGUUUUAAGCAUUUUUUGUGUGACAUAUUUUAUCCAAAUGUGAGAUCGAUAAAAAAUAAAAAGGUUUACAUAAAAGAAGUA